AUUAUACUGCCCUCCUAAGCUAGAACGCAGUAACUCCUAAUUUGUCAUUUUGGAGUUACUGCAUUUCUAACAUAUCUAGAACAUUUUUGUAUAUGUCUAACUAAGCAAAAAAGCAGUAUUUGCAAUCCAUAUUCAAAUAAAUGGCUAAAACGUUUGCAGUAUGUCCACUUUUUGAUGUUCAUACAUAUCUAAAGGGCAGUAUCUGACAUUUGCUUGACUAAAAUGCAGCAUUUCCAAUUUUGCCUGGAGAUACUGCGUUUAUGUCUAGGGUCAGGUGACAUGCAAACAUUUUUAUUGUAUGUGCGGCAGAUCUCAGUCGCGUUUGAACGUGUAGAAGGUAACAUAAACAUAACCAACAAUUGCAUAAUUUGUGUAUUUUAUCAGCAAGUAAUAAAAAAAGUGAUAGUGUUAGUUUGGAAAAAGUUAUUUCGAGUGAUUGGUAAGUACUUUCUUCAUAAUGUUUAUUGUCAUUUACUUCGUUCUUUCUAUUUGUUUUUAAUUCGGGAGUUUACUUGAGCUCUUUAUUAUAACAACUAUAUUAAUUUAUAUCAAAAAUAUUAUACAUUUGUCUCAGUUGUUUGAUCAGUUUCCUACUUGCCAUUUAAAAAAACCUUAAAGGUGCUUCUUGGCUAAUACCUAAUUAAGAAUUAUUAUUCAUGUUAUUUGAAUGUGGUUUUUUCACUUUCUUCAGAUUUGCUCCGUAAAUUACUAUGGAGAACAAGAAGUACGGUUAUCGGUGGAAACUGAUUAAGAAGGGUCUUCAGAAUAAGGUGACAAUAAAUGUAAGUGAUGUGCAAGCUAUAUCCAGCAAUGUGAUCGAACAAACAGAAUCAAAUGAGUAUGUUACAUUGAAUCCGCUGAGCCUCUACAAUGCUGAUAUCUCCAAAUCUGGUUCAAUUGCUGCUUCGCCAUUUGAAGAUAACUUAGACGGUCCUUCAUUAGUGCCAGAACCAACUUCAACUGAAAUUAUGGCCGCUGAGGAGCCAGACUUUUCUAAUUUGAAUCAGGAUGCAAAUAUUCCAAUAUUUGAUUCCAAUCAUUUGGCAUUCGGUUAUCCCCACUUACCUGAAUUCAAUGCGCCAUCAUUGCCUCUGCUGAUCCAUUCAAAUGAAAUCAUGGAUGCAAACAUUCCAUUGCUUGAUUCUAAAAACACUGUUGUCGACGAUCCUCAUCAUUAUGACCUAUCUGAUUCUGAUACCCCAUCAUCACCAGUACGCCAUACCCAAGACGUUCUGGUUGCUGCUACUGAUGAAGCACAAUGUUCUUCAAUGAACACAAUUCAAGAUGCAAACAUGCCCUUAUUAGAUUCUGACGACUCUGUGGACGAUCCCCAUUACUUACCUGACUCUGAUACUUCAUCUGAUCAACCUUUGAGCAAGAAGAUUCGUAGAACAUUAAAGAAAACCUCAACUCACCAGAGUGGAGAAGUGGCUGAAGUCAUUCACCCUGAUGAACAAUACACUAAAAGAACGGGAGAACUUAGAAAAAGGAAGAAGUUUUGUAAAACCGUUGCAGAAAGGAAUGCUGAUAAACUGGAAGAAGUUAAAACUAAACAUACGGUUCGAACAGGUUGUGGAUCAUGCAAGAAAGGAUGUGUUGGAAAAAUUGCGGAAGAUCAGCGUAUAUCAAUCAAUAGGGACUACUGGAACGUCAAAUUUUUCUUUCGGCAAGUAUUUCAACUAUGGAAGUGA